AUGGGUGUCUGCACGGCUUCCGUGGCAUGGUAUUGCAUUUCGCUGUCUCUUGUCACAGCAGCACUAGUAGCAGCCCAGUCGUCCGAUGAGUUGCUGCUGGGCCGCGUGGCGGAGAUGGAGGAGCAGCUCAACCAGCAGCUGCUGGACGGGCCUGCUGACGGCACCUCCCAGCCCGCCGGAGCUGCCACAACCAAGGCUGCUGCCACUGGCGGAUCUGGCGACGGCGCUGCAGUUGAAUCCUUGCCACCACGUCCCACUUUCACAGAAGGCCUGCUGAAAACCACCACUCUCCCCCGCGGCAUCUACCGCAACAAGCUGAAUAGCACCUUCCUGGAAUACCACCGAAACGUGCACAAGGGGGAGGUAGAACUGCACUGCAUGGGCAGCACCUGCCCGAACCUAGACAGCUGCGGCUCGGCAUUCCCGAACGUGCGAGCCUGCUUCUGGCCGAACCUCGUGGACGAGGAUUAUAUUUACCCUGACCAGCCUGAGAACUGCCCGAAGCUGUCGAAUUGGGAUGAGGUUGGGGCGAAGGGGGCGGAUCCUAGGUGUACCCACCCUGGGGAUAAUCUGAGAUUUGAUAAGUAUGUGCCGCAGUAUUAUGAGAUCAAGGACGUGUUUGUGGAUGCUAACGGGGUGCUCUUUAACGAGUCGCUGCACUUCUUCCGCCACGGCUGCUUCAAGGACAAAGAGUUCGCCUACCACGCCAACCAGACCAGCGUGCAGCACUACCACCGCCUCAUAUCGCUGCUGUACCAGCUGGGCGGGGCUUUCUACCACACGCUCAUCGAGGUGGUGCCGCAUUUCCUGCUGCUCGCCCCUCUGCUGAAAGACAACCCCGGCAUGCCCAUCGCUGUCAGCCGCAAACAGCUGAAGAUGUAUGACUCUGUGCUACACCCCAUCGUGGGCAUCACCUCGCGUGUGCUGAACCUCGUUCUCGUGGACGAUCGGAACCAGAAGAUGCUGCUGCAUGCUGACAUGGCGUACCAGCCUGUGUUCCAAGCAUGCGGCAGGGCAGCGCCAGCCGUGUGGCGGGAGCUGAGGCGGCGCUACCUCGUGCCAUCCGACGGCCUCCCCAUGUUCGGCCCGGGCUUUGCUCCCCGGCACCCUGGCAACAGCAGCAGCAGCAAUGACAGCACUGGGAACAGCAGCACCACCGCCACCAACAGAAGCAGCACCGCCACCAACACUAACAGCAGCAGCAUCCCCCCUCCGUGGACGGACGAGCAGAUGGCUCGGCUGCCCGCCAGCUGGCUCGCUGUGAUUGCUCGGCGCCACAAGUCCAAGCGGCGCAUUGCUGGCUUCCCGCAAUUGGUGGAUUCCAUGAAGCAGAUCUUCCACCCCUCUAGGGUCUACGUGUUCGAUGGCAAGCUGAAUGUCACCCAAGCCAAAACCGUGUUCAACAGGGCAGCGGUGUUUGUGGGGCUGCACGGGGCAGGCCUGGCCAACAUGGUCUUCAUGCCCCUCAACGCCAGCAUAUUUGAAAUCCGCCCGCGCGGCUACCCCAACCCCUGCUACCACCAUCUCGCCACCGCCACCCAGAUGCACUACCAUUUGAUCCUCGGGAACGGUACCAAGGACAGCGAGUUGAAGUUCAACCACACGGAGGCUGUGGAAGUGCUGAGACUGAUUGCCAAUCGCACGAGAGCAAGAAUGUCGGCUGAAAAGUUCGAGUCGAUUAAUCUGUUGCCGCCGCUGGAAGCGGUGGGGGAGGAGGAUUGGAAGGAGAGGGCUGGGCUGGAUGGGGAGGAGGAGGAGGAAAAUGGCGGAGGGGGGAAUGCGGAGUUGACUAUUCCGCUUGAGCUUAUGGCGGAUGUGACUCUAAAGGCGCUGAAUGACACAGAUGUAGGGGCGGAGGAGCAGGAGGAGGAGGUGAAGAGUCUGGAUGAAGAGACUAAAAAGAAGAUGGAGGGAGAGAGGGUGGUAACGAUUGGGGAGUUGAGUGAAGAUUUGAAACGGGCUGAGAUGAAACAGGUGCAUGUGAAUUCAGGGGUGUCACAUGAUAAGCGCAAGGCGAUUCUUAACUGUACGGGCGGCCCGUGCCCGGAUUUUUCGGGCAGGGCCGCAACUUCUACCACGGGCUCACCGAUUGGACGGCCUCCCUUCAUCCUCACCCCUAUAUCCCCGCAGUUCGAGUACAAGAAGGGCACAAAGGUGCAUAGGUUGAAGCGAGUGGUGAACCUGGCGUACUAUCAGGGCCGCAACUUCUACCACGGGCUCAUCGAAUGGACGCCCCAGCUCUUCCUCCUCAGCUCUCUGCUGCACGCCCACCCCACCAUCCCUCUGCUCGCCAUCCACGACCAGUGGGAUUUCUACGAGAAUAUAUCAAAGCCUAUUAUAGGAGUGGAGCAAUUCGCUAUGAACCGACUCAAUAUAAGCCGCGGGGAGCUCUUCUAUGCCGAUGAGGUGUACCUGCCGCUAUACCAGGCAUGUGGCAAGGCUAGCCCCUCUCUCUGGUCGCUCCUCCGCUCCCACUUCCUCCUUGCCCCGCAAGGCCUCCCCAUCUUUCCGCCCACCACCUGGAUCCAACGGCCAGGAUUGGCCGAUCCGGUGAACCAGACCGAGGCGGCAACAGUGCCGCCUGACUGGAUGGUGCUGCUUGUGCGGCGGCCAGGUGUCAAGCGCUCAUUGGACCGCUGGGACGCGCUGUAUGAGUCGGCCGUAUCGGUGUUCUCUCUCAACCGGGUCCAUGUGCUAAAUGGCUCCGUGCCUAUGCUCAAAGCUCGGUCGCUGUUUCGAAGAGCGAGGCUGCUUAUAGCGGGACACGGAGCAGCAAUGGCAAACAUGGUCUUCAUGCGACCCAACAUGACAGUCUACGAGAUUCGACCCGACAAGAGCAACAACGCGUGUUACCACCACCUAGCACAUGCAUGUGGGCUCCGAUAUUACCUGACGUUUGGGGAUGGGGAUGGGGAGAGCGUAGUGAAGAUUGAUGUGGGGAAGGUUACAGGGGUGUUGAAGGAAAUUGCCAAGACGUUUCCGCCUUUGCCAGGGGACGAGCAUCCAGAUGACGUGUCGAUCUUUGGGGAUGGAUAA